AUGGCCGGUAAUAGCGCUCAAGACGCGAUCGAGCUGUCCAGUAGUGAUGACUACAUGACUGAUGGCGUUGAGGACGACUCGUUGUCCGAGGGAGAGAAUGUUCCGAGCGACAGCGCCAGUGAUGAUGACCCGUUAUUUCCGCCUGUCGAGCCUGCGCAGGGCAGUGAGGACGACAAAAGCAGCGACGAAGUUGACAACGAUAUAGCAUCUCCUGCUGAUGCAGCGCCGCGCCCUUCAACACCGCCGGCGUCAGCACGCGCGGCCCCGCGAAUGCCCGACAUCCCUCCCCGCCAGCCGUAUGUCAUGAAUCACAACGCCUCUUCCGCGCCUUUAAGGGUCAACGUUCCCAUCCCCCCCCCGUUCUCUCGCGUCGGUUUGCAAAACUCAGAGCACUUUAACCAAUGGCUGCGGCACAUCAGAGACUCGUCCGUGCCGGCGCCACCUUACUCUGAGCAUAUGAGCGAACUGCACGCGGCCGUUGGAAUCCAGUUGGGGGUCACGCUGCAGCAUGAAGCCGCGAAUCUGUUGACCUGGCGUGUUCUUCUCGAGGGAACCGAGAGCGAAAUACUCGAGCUGGAUAGACUUCAGUUUAUUCUCGCUCGGAUGGCCUCGAGCCCCCUCAUGCGCGCGGCGGCGGCGGUCCAAGGCGCAGAUUUAACUUUGCCGCAAACUCUCCUCGAUCGUGCUGCGGCGCCGGCGCCAACGCCUGGCGUUAUCUAUGGGCUCGACGUGAAUGAGCGGGAGGAAAGCCCGCUUUCAGAUGUCUCGCUUCCAGGGCCGAGCCUCACGACGAACGCCAGAAAGCGCACUCUAAUUGCUGACCUAAUGCCUGUCAGUUUCGACGAACCCUCGGAGGAGCCCGCGGGAGCUGCGUCCGGUGGUGCCAGCCGCGCGUCCGCUAAGAGCUCGAAAACCCUUGGGCGCGCUCGUUCACCCCCUCCCGCCGCCGGGCCUUCUCGGCUACGCCCCCCUUCGCCGCCUCUUAAUGUUGCUGAGCGAGCGCCAACGCCUGGCCCAAGCGUUUCACGCUCACGUCAUGUCCGCCGGCGAUCCGACUCUCAUUCACCCACUCAAUGGAAGAGGAACAAGAAGCGCCGCAAGCGUGUCCACGGCGAUGUUUCGCGCGCUUAG